AUGCCGUUCCUGACCGCCACCUACACCUCCCCGACCUCGUCCUCACGCACAUUCACCGCUGAGCUCCCCGCACUCUCCUCCCCGCCGCCCACUGCGGACCGAGUUGCAUAUCUUGCUGAACUUUCCUCGUCACUCAAGAACAUGCAAAAGGAUGUCAACGAGUUUCUGACGCAGAAAAUGGCCGACGACAAGGCUGCCGACGAUGCAAAGGACGAGGAGACGUAUGGCGAAGAGGUCGUGGAUCAAGACUGA